AUGAGAAACAAAGCCUGUAGAACCACAAGCGACUUUGGUUCGGCUUCAGCGUCAAAAAAUCCCUUCGCGCUACAGGUCGAAGACGAGGGUGUUGACUCGACAAACCCGCCACAGCAGCCUGGGCAGCAGCAAAAGCAGCAAGGAGAUACGCCCGUUUCCUCCGUUACUGGUAAUCGUUUCCAAAUGAAACAGGGUCACGACGAGACAACCAACCCAUUAGACAUAGAUCAAGCCAAAUUGCAUGACACUAGUUGGCCCAUCGAGAUAGAAAAUGUCGGUCAAUUUCUUCAUACCCAGAUCGAAGAUCGGUUUAUUGAUGGAGACGGAGGGGCGAUGGACUGGUAUAUGGCUGACUUGUUCACCAAUGCGUUGCCACCUUGA